UCCACUAUGGUCAUAGAGUUGCUUUUCUGGCACUUUGUGCAUUUGAUUCAAAUUAGAAUCGGUGUCAUGAAUGAAAAGUUGGCAAAAAUGCUUGUGACUGGGUUAAACAGUGUCACCACAUUAAAAAAACUUCAGGAUUUAGUUAAAGGCUAUGAAAAACUGAUCGGAGCUACAAAUUCAGUUAAUGAUUGUUACGGAUUCCCAAUUUUGGUCAUAAUUUUAGGUUGUUUGGUUCAUUUAUUAGUUACACCAUAUGAUGUCUAUUCUAUAAUCAUGAGCACAGGCGAUAGCACUUCAAUAUUGUCUCAAACAGUUUGGAUGACUGCUCAUAUUUUGCGUUUAUUCUUGAUUAUAGAACCUUGUCAUGGAUGUUUCGUUAAGGCAAAAGAAACAUCUCAACUGGUUUGCAAAUUACUCUGUUUGAGUGUAAACCAAGAAGUGAGAAAAUCAUUGGAAUUUUUUCUGAUGUAUUUAGGAGAAUGUAAAAUUGAGUUUUCGGCUUAUGGUUUCACUAAAAUCAAUCGAGGGUUGUUAACUACGAUUGCUGGGGCUAUUACGACAUAUUUAGUCGUUUUGUUUCAGUUUAAUAAAAACGGUUGAUUGUCGUUUUUUGAAGAAACAAAAUAUCUACAAAUUGAUUUAUAACUAA